GUUGCAGACAUGAAACAAUCGAAUAGCGACACGAGAGUGUUAUGUUUGUUUAUGUUUUGCUGCCCACAUGGUGUGCAAUCGUAGUGUUGUAGCGUAAAUUGUUUGAGGAAGAGUAACAGUAAUAACCGUGUGUCAUGGGCAAGAAAGAUAAAAAUAAGAAAAAGGGGAAGGGAGCUGAGAAAACCGCUGCGAAGACAGAGAAGAAGCUGUCUCAGAAACAGAAGAAAGAACUCGCUGCAAUUGGUGAAGAUGAUAUUGAAAAAAUUGUUGCCCAAAUCGAAAAAGAAGAGCAGAAGAAAAUGCAAACUGUGGAACUGCGUGUCGGCCCACCAAGCAGAAGAGUGAACUUUUCUUUUGUUCCCCAUACUGAAAAGGAUGAGCUAAUUUUAUUUGGCGGAGAAUAUUUUAAUGGACAAAAAACGGAGAUGUACAAUGAUCUCUUCUUUUACAACAUCCCACGCAACGAGUGGGUGUUAGUUAAGUCGCCAGGAGCUCCUCCACCACGCAGUGGUCACCAGGCU